AUGAAAGAUUAUUUAACUGCAUUAUCAUAUUAUGAACAAGCACUUAUCAUGCAGCAGAAUGCUAAGCCUGUUAAACAUCUCGAUAUAUCUACAACAUACAAUCAAAUUGGUUUAGUACAUCAUGAUAUGAAAGAUUAUUUUAAAGCUCUUUCAUUUUAUCAAAAAUCACUUGAACUAAAACUAACAAAACUACAUCAUGAUUAUAAAGAUUUAACGAUUAUCUACAACAACAUUGCUCUAGCAUAUCAUGCCAUGGAAGACAAACAAAAUGUACUCUUGUACUAUACAAAAAUGCUUGAAAUUCAAGAAAAAUCUUUGUCUAUCAAUGAUAUAUCAUUAGCUACUACAUGCAAUAAUAUUGGAUCAAUACAUUAUUCAAUGAAUGAUUAUUCGAGAGCUUUGCUAUUCUAUGAAAGAACUCGUCAAAUUCAAGAAAGAUCUCUUGGUGAAAAUCAUUCUGAUUUAGCAAUAACAAAUAAUAAUACAGCUCCAACAUAUUUUGAAAUGAAAGAUUUUAAAAAUGCACUUAUUUUUUAUCGAAAAUCGCUUGAUAUAAGAUUAAUAUCAUCUUCGAAUGACCAACAAGUUUUGGCUAUUAAUUAUAACAAUAUUGCUACGGUCUAUCAAUCUAUGAAUGAUAAAUCUAAUGCACUUUUAUUCUGUGAAAAAACACUUGAAAUUCGAGAAUCUUUUCUUUCUGAUGAUUUAAAAUUAGCUACAACUUAUAAUAAUAUUGAUUUCAUUUAUCAUGAAUUCGAAGAUUAUUCAAAUGCAAUUUCAUUUUAUCAAAAAUCAUUGAAACUUCGUGAAAAAUCUAAUCGUUCUGAUGAUUCGUCAUUAGCAACAAUCUCUAAUAAUAUUGCUUCAGGAUAUAAUUCAAUGAAAGAUAAUUCAAAUGCAAUUUUAUUCUAUGAAAAAACUGUUCAAAUUCGAGAAAAAUUAAAUUCAACUGAUGAAAAAUCUUUGGCAACAGUUUAUAAUAUCCUUGGUGCAUUAUAUUAA